CUAAGACCAACAAAGGGCUCUGCUAUUGUGAUGAGGAGGCAAAAUCACAGCUCUGUAUUUGAAUUCAUCCUCUUGGGAUUUUCUAACUAUCCUGAACUUCAAGGUCAGAUGUUUGGGGCUUUCCUAGUUAUUUAUCUGGUGACUGUGUUGGGAAAUGCCAUCAUUAUCACCAUCAUCUUCCUGGACCAGAGUCUGCACAUCCCCAUGUAUUUGUUUCUGCAGAAUUUAUCUUUAGUAGACCUCUGUUUCAGCACAGUCAUCACACCUGAAAUACUGGUAGUCCUGACUAGAGAGAAAGGGACCAUUUCCUUUGGUGGCUGUUUUGUGCAGAUGUAUUUCAUUCUUCUCUUUGGUGCGACUGAGUGUUUUCUCCUGGGGGUAAUGGCUUAUGACCGAUUUGCUGCAAUCUGCCACCCUCUGACCUACCCAGUGAUUAUGAGCAAAAGGACCUUUGUGAAAUUGGUGAUGUGUCCAUGGAUCUUGAGUAUCCUGACAGCUGCUUUGUCAGUCACAUGGGUGGUUAGCUUCCCCUACUGUGACCACAAGGAAAUUAACCAUCUCUUCUGUGAGAUUCCUCCUGUGCUGGAGCUUGCCUGUGCAGACACCUUCCUGUUUGAAGUCUAUGCUUUCACAAGCACCAUUUUGAUCGUCAUGGUCCCCUUCUUCUUGAUACUUUUGUCUUAUACUCGAAUUCUCUUCUCCAUCCUGAAGAUGCCAUCUACUACAGGGAGGCAGAAAGCCUUUUCUACGUGUGCCUCUCAUCUCACCUCUGUGCUUCUUGACCAUUCGACAUUCCUCAAUUGA